AUGUUUUUACACAUAUUGAAUUUUAAAAUCUACAGUUUUGCAAGUUUUACAAACAGUUCAGACGAAAUUAAAAGUAUUUUUGACAGUAAUUAUUCAAACGAAAAAAAUAAUUCUUCUAAUGAUGACAUUAAAAAAGAAAACUUUUUUGAAGGUGGUUUAAUUAAGGAAAAUAACGUAAAAAAACAUUCUGCAUUUAUGGAAUAUUUAAAGUAUGAUCAAAAAGAUGGACAUGCUUUACCUGAACUUAAAAGUAUACCUUUAAAAAGUGAAAAUUAUAAAUCGGAUGUUAAACCUAAAUUACAUAAAUAUGUAGAUAACUUUGCAGAGCAACUUACAAUUUCAAAAAAACUUAAUGAUUCCGGUAGCAACCUAUUUCUUGGAGUUCCAGAAGUUUUUCAUACAAAUGGCACUUCCUCGAUUAAACCUCGAAAGGGUGUGGAUUUUAAUCAAGCAGUAAGUCUCAAUGAAAUAACUAGUGAUAUUGCUGAUUAUAAUUUUUUUUCAUCAAAUAGUUCAAACAUUUAUAUUACUGAAAAAAAUUGUAGUGUCUUAUCAAAUUAUCAAAAUACAACAUGUUAUUGUUGUAAGAGUGCUGAAACUUUUUCAAGUUUUCAAAAGUUUUUGCUCAAUUGUAAACUGUGUAACAUAACUAAUGAAAAUUUAAAUAAUUCUGAUUGUCUCAAUACAUAUUGUAAAAAUAUUAAUGGAUCAAAAAAAACUAAGGUUUAUGAAGAUAAACCGAAAAUUUUAAAACUUAACACAAACAAAACUGUAACAGAACAAGAAAUAAACAAAACUAAAAUAUUUGAAAGUAAUCAUUUAAAAGAAAUUAAUACAACCAAGGUUUCUGAAAAUUUGAACAAGAGUUUAAUAUUUAAACCUGAUAUUACAAAAGUUCCUCAUGAUAAUGAUAUUAUUAAUGGCCUGGUAAGCAAUUCUAAAAAAGAAAUUCUUUUACCCAUUGCUGCUUCAAUAUUAUUGUUACCAUUAAUAGGUAUUCUUUUAUUUUUUCUAUGGAGAAAAACUAAAGAAUAUUGGGAUAAAAGAUAUUAUAAAAGAAUGGAUUUUUUAAUCGACGGAAUGUACAAUGAUUGA